ACGUAAUGACGUAGUGUGUCAACUUCCCAAAGAGAAGAUGCGGAUGCGUCGGACGUGGCUUCCAUGUUCCACAUUCAGACGUUAUCAUAUGCUGCAAUGUUAGCAAAUUUCCACCUUCAGACGUAAAAUGUGAUGUUCAUAACGCCAAAAUGAGCAAGAUAUUAACGGACCAUGGUUCCCUUCCCCUUUCCUCUCUCCGUCUUAUCGUCCCGCCUCUGCAGCUUGUGUCUGCAGCUCUGUGGGAGAUAGUGAAGCAGGGAGCUGUGAUGUAUUACGGUCUGCUGGAGGAGUUCGUUAGCACAGUGUUGGAAACGGUCCCUGAACUGCUCACAGACACAGAGAGAGUCCAACUAGUUAUGGGUCUACGUGCAAAGUUGGUGCUAGAGUUGUGCCGCAAUGAUGAUUUCGCCAGCCCACAGGCCAUCCAGCCUCAUCUGAACAGAAUAAACACCUACAUUCAAAACCAGGAUGAAGAAACAUCCAGUUCUGAGGUUAAAGCAUCAGUGACAAACUUCCUGAAGCUUGUUCUCACUCUAGUGGAUGAUCAGUGCCAGAGGGAAAUUUUUUAUCAGAAAAUCUUCCCAACAAUGUUCGGCCCUAAAUAUGACUCAGCCUUACAGGCUCUAAUGAGAAAAUUCCUCUUCAAUCUGCAGAAGCUGCUGCCUGUUCCAAACCUCGAACAAGUAGACUUCCCUUUGGCUCAGUCUCUCCCCGCCUAUCUUAAAAGAGUGUGUAGACUUCAUGAAUCAACCUGAGCCCCUGAAUACACUCAUUCAGCAUCACAGACAUCAUGGGCAUAAAACUUCACAAGCUUUAUCUUCCUCUGGUGAUGAUUGCAUCCUAUCCAGCCUGUCCUAUCACCUACCAACGUGUCAUGUGGACGAUGACAAAGGAGACACACUUGUCAAAUCUGGAUCCACGUGUGUCUUACAAGAGGGACAGAGAGAUAACUUAUUUGACAGUGAGUCAAAAAAGGAUAAAGAAGAAAAGGAGAUACAGUCAGAAUUGCUUAGCAGUGUAGAAAGAAACGGACAGCAGCAUGUUGAUGAUCUGACUGAAGACCAGGGAGCUUCUGUUGAAGUAAUACUUCAACCUUUUGAUGAAACUGAGUCGAACGAUGAUGGCGCGGACAAAAAAUCGUUUCACCAUUUGAAAACUGGCAGUAGGACAUCAACCAAAACCUUCAAGUGUCUUGUUUGUGGCCAAGAUUUCAGUUCCCUUAACAAACUAAAGAAGCACAAGAUUACCCAUAGUGGUUGCUUUACAAACAGAAUGAGUCAGUCUGCAAGCCAAAGUAGUUUUUUUGAAAAUAUAAAUUUACACCCUACACUAAAGACUUGUAUUGUGAAUAACGCUUGUAGAAGCAAGACUGAGCUUUCAUCUUUAGAAAGUGUCACAACACAUAACCCAUCAAAUUUGAUCAGUCUUCCAAACUUUGAGCAGUCUAAUGACUGUAGUCUUGUUUGUCAUAUUUGUGGGAAGGUUUUCACUUACCCAAAGAACUUUGACAAACACCAGAGGGUUUGUGUGGUCAGUAGUAAACAACAAGCAGAGACAGACCCACAGUGUUCCACAAGCUUAGCUCAUCACUCCAAACUAAACCCGGUUCCCAAGGCCAAAGAGUCUCUCACCAGUGAAACGGGAACCGGGCCUUCAGUAUCUCCGGACUCACACCAAGAGCAAACGCGUAAAAGAAGCAGGCGUGUCAAACAAUGCUCCGUAUGUGGGAAAAUAUUUACCUGUUCUACUGACUUGAUGAGGCACAUGACAUCCCACACUGAGCAGAGUCCUUACCUUUGUCCUUACUGCGGGAAAGACUUUGACAACUAUGAAGACUGUGAGACACACCAGGAAGGUAAAUGCAGAGUUUCAAACCAGCAUUCACAGGACAAUUCCCUGAGUAACGCAAAUAAAAGGAAUCAGGAGAAUACAGUUUCAAGUGGUAUGGGUGAAGUCCCGAUAAUCACAGAUACAGCUGCCAACUCGCUGGAUAUGCAGCUGUGUAGAUCACCUCUGACGUGUCAGGAAUGUGGCCAGAGUUUUACUUACUACAAGAGUUUUGAGAAGCACCAGAACAAAUGUUCCAAAAGAGCACCUCGAAGGAAAAAAAGAACCAACACGAACCCUUUCGUUAUCAAUGCAUGUAAUUUACGACCAGCGGAUAAUACCAAUGGGAGCCAUGCCGAAGCUAGUUCAGAAACAGCAAAAACUCCAACCUCCGCAGACCACGCAUACGACUCCCAGGCUACGUCUCGCACCAUCAAGUGCACCAUGUGCGAGAAGAACUUUUCAGAAAUCGUCCUCAUGAAAAGACAUUAUUCCCAGUCACAUAAAGUCAGAGGCUCAUACCCCUGUCCUUUAUGCAAGAGAACUUUUGUGAGGUUGUGCGAAUUGGUUCGACAUCAGCAAAACAAAAAACUGUACCAGUGCGCCGUCUGCAAGAAAUGUUACACAAAGCCAGGACUACUGAGUGAUCAUGAAAAAGUACACACUGCAAGCGUGACACCGCGCAUUUGUGAGACCUGCGGGAAAAGCUUCAAAUAUCUUGCUCAUCUGGUCCUGCACCAGAGAAAGCACAGAGAACGGCAGCCUAGCGUUUGUUCCGACUGUGGGAAACAGUUCAGUACAAAAGACUACCUGAGAGCGCAUAUGGUGAGGCACACAGGUGGUUACCCGUGCCCAGUGUGCGGGAAGAAAUUCUUUCAAAAAACAUACCUUAAAUGGCAUCUGUACAAACACACAGGGCAAGAGCCGUACCUUUGUGACACAUGUGGGAAAGGCUGGCCGAGUGCAGCUCAGCUCAAGCUUCACAUGGUUCAACAUACAGAGGAAAGGCCGUUCAAGUGUGAAGACUGCGGCGUGUGUUACAAGAGGGAAUCGCAUUUGAUGGCUCACCAUAGAGCCAAACAUAUGCGGUUGCGGCCGUUCGUGUGCGAGAUAUGCAGCAAAGCCUUUAGGUUAAACAAUGAGCUGAAAAAACACAUGAUGGUUCACACAGGGGAGCGGCCAUUCACGUGUCCAAGAUGUGGCAAAACAUUUACGAGAAAGUCUCGCCUUAGGGAGCACAGAGAAAAGGCAUGUCUGUAACUUUAUGCUGGUUGUGCACCAUGUAACAGCCUAUGUAUUUUACCAUGUUAAUGUGAAAUACUACAUUCUACCACUUUAUACAGUACAUACAUGUACCAUAAGCUGUCAUCAACUAUGUCUCAAUAUGUACGAUGACUUUUAUAAUUAAGCUACACGUGUAAAUAAACUACAGCGUUUUGAUUUUGAUUGUGAAUGAUUUUCAUUCAGUGACAAUAAAAACAACAGUGUGUCAAAUCAAAGUCUUUUCUUAAAUGUGCUGAUAUUUAAAAGAAGCAAAAGGCUGUCUGAUAGAAGUAGGAGAAAGACUCACAAUUUGGAUAAUUUUGUAUGCAUCCAAUCCAACAAAAAUUGCACAGAAAGAUAGAAUAACUGGUGAAACUUACACUCCCAGGGCUAUAGUUCUGUAACAUCUGUUAUGCUUAAUGACAUGUCUAAAUAAACCCAGGAGACACAUAAUG